CCUUCUAAAUUUCUGUCUUGCUGUCCAUCUCCCCCUGUCCCUCUAAUCUAUCCCACUCUGUCUAAAAAACAAUCUCUGUCUUUCCUGUCAUUCUCCUGCUCUGUCUGAACCAAUUCUAUCUGUCCUGUCAUUCUCCUCCUCUGUCUGGACCUCUGUCUAGCUGUCCAUCUCCUCUGUCCCUCUCCUCUGUCCCACUCUGCCUGGUUUUUUGUUUUAUUUUUGUCACUUUUGUCUUGGCAUAUUAAUUUUUUCUGUCAAGCUGUGCUGGCGGCAACUCAAUUUAUUGGGGAAACAUACCGCCGUCAUCUCAAUUUAUUGGGGCCCUUCUGAACUUGGGACUCGACCCGAAUUUUGAGUGUCCCCCCCAACAAAAAACCCUUCUACUUCAAAAACAAACAAAAAAAAACUCAUAUCAAACUACUUGUGUUGACAUAAUACAUUCUGUGUUGAUCUACACUUGUCUGCCUUCUUUAUAUUUUCCAGUUUUGUUGUCACAAUGCCUCGCACCAACAAGAGAUCUCAAGCUCAGAAACGUCGGUUCCAGCAGCAGACUGAAUCCCACGAUCCAACUCCUGAGUCAGCAGAGCGUUCUUCUAAUCUCUGUGAGAACAUGGCAGCUGUGGUACUGGUUCCUGAUGAAGUCAAAGAUGUGAGCAGUGAGCCAGAGCUCUGCCAGAACGAGAUGAUCUCAAAAGCAGACCUGGACCUGGUUCUGGAUAAAGGGAAUGUUUUAUAUCAACAGGCUAUUGAGAUACACCCCACGGAUGGUACUGGAUAUUUGGCGACUGAUGAACUCCCUAACCUCGUUCCUUCUCGCAGCUCGACUCUCACAGCUGAUCUCUCAAUACUUCCUGUCUUUGGCACCCUUGGAAACCCACCAUCUGGAUGUAUGGAUACCUACCUUUCCCUGUCUUCCAGACUGAACUGUUUGACUGACGAUGUGCAGUAUGCUCUGUUGAUCAUGUCAAGCUUGUGUAUUGCAGUGUUCAGGACUCCCAGUGGCAGAUAUGGCUUCUUUGAUCCUCACUCCAGAAAAGAUGAUGGUUCAUACAAAGAACCUGGAACAGCUGUGAUGGUGACGUUCAAACAUCUCCAGGACAUGGUGAAUCGACUCCUACGCUGCUACAGAGAGCAUGGUGCCUCAUCCACGACCCAGUAUGAGUUCAAACCUCUGACGUUUGUCAGCAUCAGACCUUGCAACCAGAGAAUGAAAGACGAGCUGUAG